AUGGUAGCAGCAGAGCAAGAGGCCGAUGAAGUUGCAAACUCCUAUCGUUACGGUUCUGUACCGACAAGGGGAAUACGCCUUCUGGAAAUUCCCGAAAUUUCCAUCGACAAGCCAUGGCCGUUGAAUGCUUAUGAUCUCCAGGAUUGCCCAACCUAUUUCGCGCUUUCCUACACCUGGGGACCCCCACUUGAUACUGCGAAAAGCAGAGCAGAGUAUGGAGGAGUGAAACGCCCUCUGACACUAAGAACUGGAAACCAUUCGGGACGAUUGAGCAUCGAGCUGAACCUAUUUGAGGCCUUGGAACAGCUGAUCGCAGCUGGUUAUACUGGCCGUCUCUGGAUUGAUGCAAUCUGUAUCAAUCAGCAAGAUAAGCUGGAGCGGUCGUCCCAGGUGGCACUUAUGGGUCACAUAUACAGCGGCUGCACAAGAGCAUUGGUAUGGCUUGGAAGGGAUACAUCCAAUCUGGGCCACUUCUCCUGGUUCCACGAGACUCUUCUGCCUGCUUUGGAGAAGCAUUUAGAUGAAGGAGGCCUAGUUUCUGAUUUCUUUCAGGUCGUGAAGAUGGCCAACUCAGGGGAAGACACCACAGCUAGGUGGCGUGGUUACGUCUUAUUCUACGAGCAACGUCGAUGGUUUCAUAGGUGCUGGGUAAUGCAAGAAGUAGCGCUCCCACCCCAUGUUUCUAUGCUCUGCGGAUCUGCAUACCUUGAUUUGGAAGAAAUCUGCGACUUGGCCAUGUUCUUGAACGAUGUGGCUUCGGCCGUCGUGCCAGCUGACUGGCAGCUGGAUCAUCCUGGUACGGAAUUGCUUACAAGCCACAAAGUUUAUGCAAUUGGUCUUCGGCGUGUCGUGUGCCGGCUGAAAGAUCUGCGAAGCAUAGAAUGGAUACCUUCAGUUACUGGAGCUAGGAACCCCUGUGAAAUGUGUGUCGCUUUGUUUUUGUCUUUGCUUUCUGGCAUGCGUGGAUAUCAAGCUACUGAUCCGAGAGACAAAGUAUAUGCCGCCCUUGGUAUGGCGACAAAGUUUCUACCUGAAGGCGAAGAUGCGUUGAUGACUCCAGAUUACUCACUAUCCGUCAGUGAAGUUUACAGAAGGUUCGCUGCUUUCGAGAUAGUGAAGCUGCCGUAUGUGGCAGUACUUUCGUAUGUCGAAGACAAAAGCAUACGUUUACUCUCAGAUCUUCCUUCGUGGGUACCUGAUUUCAGUCCGGAUAUUGUUGGAUCAGCAUAUGCCUCGAGAUUCCAUGAUUAUCCGUUCAAUGCCUGUGUAUCAGAAAGCGUGGGAAGAUAUCCAAGGUCUAUCACAGGGCACACAUUGCAAUUGUAUGGAGGCUAUUUCGACACUGUGACUACUGUUGUUCAAGGCACGGAUAGCUAUCGACAGCGUACUCAGCCCAGCCUGUUAGCUAUGGAAAUACGCUGCCUUGAAAUCUGCUCACAGCUGUUAGAAUUCUGUUCUUCUCUGGAGUCACGAUAUGUCAAUGGACAACGUCGGCUGGAAGCUCUGUCGAGCACACUAAUACUCCAGCAAAUCGAUGGGCGGCCUCACUCUACUGAAACAAGUCAGAUGUUCCGGUAUUGGUUACUCGCAAUGCUAUCCGUUUCAUGGGCGUCAUUAAGGCUCGCCCCUGAGGCGGAGCCGCUGUUUCAAAAAUGCUGCAAGGCCCUACAGAAUCUCGAGGAAGCACAAGAUGGUACUCUGCCAAGUGAAGGUGGCAUCGUGGACUAUUCACGGAUGCAUCUGACGCGGGAAGUCAACGUUCUGGAACGGGUGCCAUCUGAUGCUCUGCCAGAAGACAUCCCUCCCAGGACCGUUAAAAAUAACGUGUGGGAUAAUUAUCGCUUAUAUGAUCGUGGGCUGCACAAAGGACUUUUCCUUGGGCAGCGGUUGUGCAAAACUUCAACGGGCUGUAUUGGGCUGGGUCCUCCUUCGAUGCGUCCUGGGGAUCAAGUUCAUUUUAUAUGUGAUGCAACAGUGCCGUUUGUGUUACGUCCAGAACCGGUUGUGUCCCGUUUUACGCUAAUGGGCGAAACCUAUCUGCAUGGUUUCAUGAACGGUGAGGUUCUUCGAACCGAUUUCAAGGACAGGAUCGAGCCUGUACACUUGGUGUGA